ACAGCCGUGGUGCAGGAAGACAGCCGUGGUUCAGGAAGACAGCCGUGGUGCAGGAAGACAGCCGUGGUGCAGGAAGACAGCCGUGGUUCAGGAAGACAGCCGUGGUGCAGGAAGACAGCCGUGGUGCAGGAAGACAGCCGUGGUGCAGGAAGACAGCCGUGGUGCAGGAAGACAGCCGUGGUGCAGGAAGACAGCCGUGGUGCAGGAAGACAGCCGUGGUGCAGGAAGACAGCCGUGGUGCAGGAAGACAGCCGUGGGCCGGGGAAAGACAGCCGUGGUGCAGGAAGACAGCCGUGGUGCAGGAAGACAGCCGUGGUGCAGGAAGACAGCCGUGGCGCAGGAAGACGGGCCGUGGUGCAGGAAGACAGCCGUGGUGCAGGAAGACAGCCGUGGUGCAGGAAGACAGCCGUGGUGCAGGAAGACAGCCGUCAGCAACAGCCACUUCACCAUGCCAUAUUUGUUGAUCUCAACACAGCUUAGACUGGAAGCUGGUCCAACUUAUGUGGGAGACAGCGAUAGUGAUCCAGACUUGAUGAGCUAUCUAGGAGCCGAAGAAGUAAAAGAACCGACAUCUAAGAGUUUCAGUUACUGUACGAAACUGGUGCCGCGCAAGGUGCUAAACUUGCUCGAGAAAAGAGGAUGGCGACUUGUUACAUCGUCUAAUAUUGGCCAGAUGUGCAUUUGGACACUGCAUCGGGAACUUGACUAAAGCCCUGGAUUGUGCUUUUAUUGUUAUGAGUAUACUGGGAACAAAAAACAAUAAGGCACAAUGUGGUGACUGGAACAAUACACGAAUAACCUGCACAUAGUUGGUGUGACUUGUAAGUGAGCCAAAAGAGACCUAAAGGUUGUCAUAAGCCUCUCUCCUAUCUGCGAGUUAUUUGUGUACUGGGAAUGUUUCUGGGAUGAUGUAAUAUUUGUAAUACUGUGCUAUGCUUGUUGAAUACCAUGGUUAUAGCUAUUUUGUGGGCUUCCAUAUAUUGUUGGGAUUUAUAGAUUAUAUUUACAAUUUUUAUAUCAAUACAGUAAGAGGCAUGCCUCCUACAUAGUUGUUAAGGUGGGAAUAUCAUGUGGUUUAUUUUGUAUAUCAUUUUCAUAUAGUAUAGAUGUACUGCACUAAAAUGGGUUUGUUCUUAAAUAAUACAACAGUUGAAUAUGGUUAAUAAAAUAUGGAAAAAUUUUGAAAGAUUUUGAUUUGGCUCUGAGUGUGUAUUCAAAGCUGAUAAUUAACGUCCAGCAUGGAUGGAUAAUUUUGCAUAUCGAGUUUAAAAAUUUGUGUACUAUGACAAGCAAAGAAAUUCCUGAUAUCGAAGAUAUAUUGCCACCAAAACCUCAGGCACCUAAACCCAGUGACUGCUGCGGCACUGGCUGCUGUCCUUGUGUUCACGAUAUAUAUGAGCAUGAUUUGAAAGCAUGGAAGAAGCAGUGUGAGCUUAUUCGUAAUGGAUCCAGUGAAGGGAUACGACAUUUCCCGGGUGCUGUUGAGCCAGACAAAUGGAACGAGUUUGAGAUUAUUGCAGUGAAUAAAGUGAGUAAUAACACUUAUCUCUACACUUUCAAACUAGAAGAUAACCAAUGUUUGGGCUUGAAUUUAGGUCAACAUUUAAUUGUGAAGCAAGUGAGAAAUGGCCGUUCAGUUACUAGGCAGUAUACACCUGUCUCUGAUAUAAACCGAGUAGGAUCCUUCGAAGUUCUCAUAAAAAUUUACCCUAAGGGCAAAAUUACUCAAAUUAUUAAAAAUUGGAAUGUUAAUGACAUGAUUCCAUGGAGAGGGCCAUUUGGCCAUUUUUCUUACAAGGAAAAUAGUUACAGAAGAAUCCUUAUUCUGGCAGCUGGCACUGGCAUUGCUCCGGUGUAUCAGAUAAUAAAAACUGUCGUUGAAAAUGAAGAGGAGGAGACUUUUAUUAAGCUAAAUUAUGCUUCCAAGACUUUUUCCAAUAUUUUGUUAAGGGAGGAAUUGUGCAGUUACUGCCGAUAUUGGAAUUUUACAAUGUGUCACUAUUUAAGUGAAGAGACUGAUGUGAGCAAAAAGAGAUACAAUGAGGAGGUAGUAGCCAGGAGACUGUUGAAGGAUGAUAUUCUUCAGGAUCUAUCAAAAGGCUCUGUUGAUUCAACUUUAGUGCUUAUUUGUGGAACAAAGUCAUUCAAUAAAGAUAUGGUGAACGCUGCCAAAGAUGCCAGCAUUCCAGAUAAAAAUAUUUUUAAGUUUUGAAGACAUAUUUUGAUUUUCUUGUGCCCCAAGCUACGUAUAUAGUAAGGCUUUGUAGAUACAGUGGUCCCUCGUUUUUUGUAAUUAAUCCAUUCCUGGGGGAGCUACUGUAAACGAAAUUUACGAUUUGCGAAUCAAUUUUCCCCAUAAGAAAUAAUGUAAAUACACUUAAUCCGUUCCUGACACCCAGAAGUAUUAAAACAAAAAUUUUUUUUUACAUGAAAUAUACAUGUAGUACAUAAACAAUACAAUGGGAAAUGAUGAAUGAAACAUUAACAGCAUAACACCUACCUUUAUUGGAGAUUCUUCUUAGUGUAUGGGAGACUGGAGGAGGAGAGAGAGUGGAUUGUUUAUAGUUUGGAAGGGGAAUCCCCUUCCAGCAACACCUCAGGUACCAAUUGCUUCUCUGGGGUUGCUUCUCUUCUCUGUUUCUUAAUGCCACUAGGACCACCUUUAGAGUCACUCUAGUCCUGCCUCGCAAAGUAACUUUGGAGAGAGCUCUAUUUCUGGCGUCUCUUUAACACUUCCCUAAAAUGGCCCAAGACUUUGUCACUGUACAUACUUCUCACCUUCUUUACCACAGGCUUGGCACUAGCUUUCUUUGGAGCCAUGGUAGCUUAUUUAGUACUUGCAAGCACUAAAAUGAGUGGAAUAUUAUGAAAUAUUUCAUAGGAGCACUUGAGGGGACCUUCACUCACUGGUAAACAAUGCCAGACUGGCUGGGUAGGGAGGCCGCGCCGGCUCACACUGCGUAUGCGUCCCGGACGAACUACUAUUCGCGAGUCAACCUAUGAAAAGUGAGUCCAUGUUUAUAUGAAAAUACCCCUAUGAUUGGCGAAAUUUACGAUUGCCGAGAACUACGAAAAGCGAGGGACCACUAUACUAAUGUAGUAAUUCCUCGCUUAACGAUUGGCUCCUGCUCGUCUAAUGAUAAAUUCAAGGUUACAGUCUGUCACCUGCCUGAUUGAAGACCUCUUCUUUGUGCAAUGACCAGAUAAUAUAAGUGUGACUCUGUAAAUGGUGCAAGUCGGACCAAAACGUCAUCUUAAGCUCCUCUCUUCUAUGUGUGGGUUAUUUGUGUAUGGUAUUUUACGGCAAGCAAGAUUCUCUGGUCUCCAUGGGGAUGUGGAACAGAAUUCUUCCUCUGUAAGCCACGCGUGUCAUAACAGGCAACUGAAAUGCUAGGAGCAAGGGGCUAGUAACCCCUUCUCCUGUAUAUAUUACUAAAUUUAAAAAGAGAAACUUUUUGUUUUUCUUUUUGAGUCACCCUGCUUCAGUGUGAUAUGGCCAGAAAGAUUCUCCGGUGUCGAGGACAUCCCCCCAAUUCUGACUGGCUAAAUUUUUGAAAAAAAAAAAAUGAAAAUAAGUAUAAAAAUAAGGCUGCAGAACUUCUGGCCAUGUUCUUUUUCUACUCGCUGUCUCGAUGCGUACAAGUGGGCAUGUCAGUGGCUGGGUAGGAUUGCAUAUUGCUUUGUGAUUGUUUUUUCAUGCAUUUUAAAAAUAUUUCAUAUUUUUAAGUUUAUUGAUUUUUACUAUUUAAUAAGUACAUUUGUGCUGCCAGAGCCAAACACCAUAACAGGAAAUGUUUACAACUACUGUGUACCGUAGCCUACUUGAUUCAUUAUUGGGUUGUAUGCAACUAGAUUACUGUCUAGCAUCAUAACACUUGUCUAGGCUUAGGGUAAGGUCUAUGAGCGAUGUAACCAUCGGCCUCCAAGAUGCUGGGUAAAUUUUCAAGUUAUUUUGGGAAAAAAUAGUGUCUUUGAUGCUAUUUUUGCUGACAAGUCUUGACAGAUAAGAUUAAAUCUGCUUUUGCAUCAGUAGGCAACCAUGUUUUCCUAUCCUCUGAAUCAUCAGUUAAAAUAUGUGGAAAACAGGAUUAAUUUUUAUGUACAGUGGACCCCCGGCAUACGAUGGCAUCGGUACACGUUAAAUCCGGUAUACGAUACAUUUUAAUGCAAAAAUUUUGCCUCGCCACUUGUUAAAAAACCCGCCACACAGGAUUUGUCUGUGACGUGUCCAUGUGUGGCCUGAACUUUCCCGUGCGUGCCAGUGUUUACAAGCCAGCCAGUGUGCUUGCAUCUUUUUUAUUUAUUUAUUUAUUUAGAAAUUUUAGCAUACAUACA